AUGAGCCCGGCACACAAGAAACCUUUUGAAAUUCAACAAACAUUGCACAUAACUAACGUAUGCAGGGUCCUUUUCUUGAACCGCUACCAAAUCAUCCUUCCUAUGAUGUCAUCUCCAUCAUUAUCAAUCAAAACACCCAAGAAAAGUUCAAAAAGGGUGCUCCUUGGAAGGCUCAAACUGCUCAAAUUGGUGGAGAGGUGGUUGGCGAAGACACUCUCCAAAUAUCAACAACCUCAAAGUCAAGAACACCAACACCACCCUCCACACGCACGAAUGCCAUCUCUCAGUAUGGCUUUAGACAGUAUGGUAUCUACACUCAUACACUCCCUGAAUCCUUUUUUUAAGUCCACAUGGAUCAUCACCGUUAGCAGGCCAGCCAAGCUGGGACCGUGA